AUGGCGAUGCCUGCACCAGAUGGAGUUGCAGGAGGAUCCCUUCAGGCCCUGAUAGGGAACCUGUCGGCAGCAGCGCAAGCUUUGGCAAGUGCUGCAGGUACAGGAAGUACCAGAAGUUACGACUCUGCAGCUAAGCUGGUGAAGAGUCCGGAUGUGUUCGCUCCAAAGAAUUUGGAGGAGGAAGUUUCACAGUGGCCAGAUUGGAGUUUCAGUUUCAAAGUGUUUGUGGGCUUCAUUGAUCCCACUUAUGCAGAAGAGUUGAAGAAAGUGGAGCUGGCACCACCAAAUCCAGCAGAUUAUACAGUUGGUGAAAGAGAGCGAAGUACAAAGCUGUAUGCGAUUUUGGCCUCGCAGAUCACAGCUGAAGCAGCGCGCCAAGCAAGAAGAGUAGAGAUGACACAAGAGUGGAACGAUGAGGAUGAAGAGCUCAACUUUGUGAGAUUGUGUCAGGAGUUUGAAGGUUUGGUUCAAGGAGAGCUGAGAAGAGUUGAGGAGUUUGAUAUCUCUUCGAGCGAUGAAGUGGAAGAGAUCGAGGAAGAACCGACUGAUGGUUUGAUGGAGUGGUACCAAGGAUGGUGGUUCUUGGAAACAGAAGUUGAAAGAAGUGUGAGAAUGGUUUCUGAAGGAGAUGAUGUGAGAAGAGCAGCAAGAGAAGUGGAUGCAUGUGAGGUAGUGCUCGACAGUGGAGCUGACUGCCAUGUGUUGCCUAUGGAUUGGGCAGAAGAAGUCGGAGAAACUUCGAACUUUGAGUACCAUCUGAAAGAUGCGCAAGGGAAAGUGAUCCCAACGUUGCCUGUGAGGCAGAAUGUGACGUUUGUUUUCACGAAGGAGUCUGGAAAGAAGUUGAAGAUCACUGACAGUGCUGUUUGCGGCAAUGUCACCCAACCUUUGUUUGCGGUAGGAAAGAUGUGGAAGCUAGGUUGGGGUACGGUGAAUGAAGAUGGAAGAUUGUGGUUGAAGAAAGGAAGUGUUCGGAUACCGAUAUACUUCAAAAGGCUGGAGCGAGAACUGAAGAAUGAGUUGAAGAGCAAAGAAGAUGAAGAUGGUUGGUUUGUGCUAAAUGACGGCACGCCUGCAAGGUUUGAUUGGUUUAUGGGGAAGACGUUUGACCCAACGGGAAAGAUGAAAAGAAGUGGAGAAAGAGUGUUGAACGAAGUGGAUUGGAAGAGUAUGGAUUUCUUUGAGUGUACGGAGAUCUGGAAGGAUCGCGAAAGAGUGCAACUUGGGGCGAGUCCUCAAGCAAGGUUUGAGGUGAUGGUCACCUUGUUGGAAAAGGGAUUGAAGGAACCGAGUGACUAUGGGUUGCUCACGAACUUGGAAGAGCUUGAAAGAGAACUGGCACAAGAAGGAGUGCCAAUGGAGGUCACAGGUACCUCCUCAAGUUCGAGAGACAAAAAGAAAAGUGAGAAAGAGGCAUAUCAGCCGGAGCUUUUGCAACUUUCGGUUGGAGCUCCAUGGGAUCAUCAGUUGAAGGCUUUGAGGUUUAAGAAGAAGAGAAUUGUGCCUAUUGAUGAUGGGCCAGGACUGCCAAGAUUGGCGGUGGAAGCUGACAAAAGAGCAGAAGAAGAAAAGAGAAGCGAGCCUUCGCCGCCGAGCGACCGCCAAGGAAGCUCAAGUUCUUCUAGCAAGAGUUCGUCGCUAUCUGGAGCAACGCCAGAAGCAAUGGACGACGAGAGCGAUGACGAUGACGAUGAUCCAGGAGAGGUGAGAACAAAGAGAAAAGCAGAAGAUGAAUUGGUGCCCGAUGAAAUGACGUUGGAAGAGUUUCAAAGAGAAGUUGCAAAGAGGAAUGCAGAAGAAGAAGGAGAAGGGUCACCAAAGAAAGAACCAAGAGUAGACGAAGGAACUGGAGAGGUAGAAGAAAGAGUUGAAAAGGUGCCGAGACUUGGAGACGAAGCACGAGGAAGCGCGGCACGAGUGGAAUACCAUAUUCGGAGAUUCGCCAAGAGCGAAGAUCCCGAAGAGCAUGGAGAUGAGUAUGUUGAUCUCGACGAGACACAGUUGUUUCUGGAAGAAAGUCGAGAGUUCCAGAGCAAGUGGAACGAGAAGGUGUGUGAGACAGAAGAGGACCUAACGGUGUGCUCCGGAGAAUCUGCGACCAGCUUCUUUGAGGGAGUGGCAGAGCCUUUCUACUUCCUCUUCAAUCCACGAUCUCCCGAGCUGGCUGUUUUGUCACCAGUUCCUGUGUCUGGCGCGCCCGCAGCUCAGGGAACUGGAGAAGGCGAUAAUGACAUUGCUCAACCCGAGCAAGAGCUUACACCUCAAGUGAGCAUUCAGACGGAAGCUCCAGUUUCCCUUGAUGCGCCAGAAGUCGAGCGCGACGCCGCCGCUCCUUCUGAUCCCGUGCAGCCGACCGUAGAGUAUAGUGAUCCUGGACAGUUCGAUGCGGCAAGCAUCCCUGUGCCCGACAGUGAGGAGGGUCUUUACACUGAGACAGCUCUGUUAGCUAGUCACCAGUUGGGUAUUCAGGACUCUCAGGGAGAGGAAAUCUUGGAUUUCACAACGCUCCAGACUAGCGAAGACUUUCAUGGCCCCCCGCUUGCCGAAGAUAACUUCCCGUAUGUCGAAAAUCCUUUAGAGUGUGCUGAGCAUCAGGAACUAAAGCUGUUUGAGCAGGCAAAGGCCAAAGAGUUGCAAUGCUGGGAACUCCGUCAGCUUCUCCAAAUGAAAGAUGACGAAGUCUGCCAGUUGCUGGGGAAUGCAUACGGGCAUCCUCUUGAGCCGUGUGUUUUCCUUCUGUACACCCAAGGGAAGCUAAAUGGCAUUUUGGGGAUUCAUGUUGAUGACGGGGUUUGCGGACGGGAUGCCGUCUUCCUAGAUAAAACUCAGACUUUGCAGAAAACCUUGCCCUUCGGUAGCCGAAAGUUUCGAGAUUUCGUGUUCACCGGUAUUCGACUUGAGCAAAUGCCUGGUUUCACGAUCCGUGCCUCUCAGGGCGAGUACAUCCGCCAAGUGUUGCCCAUUGAUGUAGGCCGUAAUCGUAGGCAAAACCCAGAAUCCCCGGCCACCGAAGAGGAGCGCUCCAAGUUGCGUGGUUUGGUUGGAAGCGUUCAAUACGCUGUCACCCAUACGAGGCCAGACAUAGCCGCUAAGCUAGGGGAAAUCCAAAGCCAGAUCACAACAGCAACUGUGCAGACGCUGCUGACUGCAAACCGCGUUUUACGGGAGGCCCAAGAGUUCGAUCAGGCCGUUGAUCUUUUGGGAUGGCUCCGUGCAUUGUGGGGGGUAGUCCACGUACCUCAUUUCGAUUGGCGCCAGCCUGAAAAGAGCUAUAAGCUGCUGAAUACUGCCCUCGUAGUGACGGACUGCAAAUCCCUCUUUGAUCUCGUGACCAGAUUGGCCAUGCCAACAUGUGAGGAACACCGGACAACGUUGGAAGUGCUUUUGAUCAAGCAGCGUUGCGCAGAGAACGCUCAGUUCCGGUGGAUUCCCACCACGUUGCAGGUAGCUGAUAGCUUGACUAAGAAUAUGGAUCCAUCCCUGCUUCGGACGGUUCUUGCGCAAGGUCGUUUUCGCUUGUUCGAUACCUCAGAAUCCCUAGCAAGAGACGCACAACGCCGGAAAGCCAUCGAGUGGCUCCAACAGCCUUCAGAUCGAGUCCACUUUCGAGACUCCUCUCAGCUGAACAUCUUUGGGCGCAGUACCGAGUCGCUUACCGAGCGAGUGGCCAUGUUCGUGCACCGCCUAUCCUUUCAGGCCCAAGGGUCGAAGGUGGGCGGGUAG